AUGGAGCGUAACGCUGGGUCUGCAUGGAGCUUCGAAAGCCUCACGCCCUUCACCCGCCUCGGUGUUCCCCGCGAGCACUCAGUAUCACGCCCGCACGAGGCCUCUCACGCAAACCGCCACGGCUCUCCCUCAAACCCGAACUUUUACGUCGCAGGGCACCGAGCGAGAACACCCGACCCCGCUGCUAUGCGAGCACGGUACGCUGCCUCCCGAGAGCCUGCAGCCCGAGCAAACGACCGCACUCCUUCAGCUGGCCCCGCGGACCGCAGUGCAGGAGGGCGCUCCCCGUACUUGGGUCAGCCCGCACAGAACAUGGAGCACGAACAAGCGUUGCGGUUCGAGGGCGACGGCUUCGACAUGAGGAGGCCCGUGGGCUGGCAGAACAGAGCCGGAGGGGCGGAUCGGGCUGGGGAGAGACACAUGGUCGAAAUCAGUGACGGCGAGGAUGAUGAGCUCAUUCUCGUAGACGACGACGAAGACGAGGACCGAGACGAUAUUGCGGCAUACAACGCCCAGACGGAGCAAGAACAGCGCAACUCCGAGGACAUCGUUGACCUGACGGAGGAGGACGAUGUACCAUCAUUUUACAACUGGGAACCACGGAACGACCGACAAGCACACAGCCCACGACCACUUCUGCCAGCUUCUGGGCGCCCUCCAAAUAACGACACCCCUCGACUGCCCCGAGGCAUGGCUGGUAUUAUCAACCUAGACAACGGAGAAGAAGCGUGGACAGUGGACGAUGAGCCGGUCAUUGUCGAGCCUUCGUCGCCAGACAUCCAGUUCGUAUCAGAGCGACGUCUCGAUCCCCCACCCCGCCGCAACGACUCAGAUGGGGAUGACGUGCAGUUCGUCCAGGAGCGGCCGUUGACAGAACAAGAGAGAAGGGCACGACAGCAUGCAGCACGACACGCCGAGCUCGACCGGGUUAUAGCAGUACUUGGAGAAACGCACAACGACCGCUACAGCUUUGCCCACCUACGAGGAGAAAUUGACCGCGCCAACGCCCACAUCCAUCACCUUGCUGAAAACAUGCGACAUGGCGGUCCACAGCCUCCACCUCGAUUUCGCCGUGGCAAUCACAUCCGAAUGGGUGUAGCAGGUGGAGGAGGGGGUGGGAUCUUUGUCGCGCCAAACUUGAAUUUCGGCAUGGUUGGCUUCGAUUUAGGAUAUGGCGGAGCUCGACCAGAGCCGCCGCCACCAACGUACGAAGCGCCUCCACCGGCACUAGUGGGUUUCACAAGGAGCCCAGAGGAGAACGAUGUACUGGUCUGUCCAAACUGCGACAGCGAGCUGUGCAAGGGCGAUGAUGAUGUUAAGAAGCAGGUUUGGAUCGCCAAGCAGUGCGGUCACAUCUACUGUGGCGAAUGCACGGCGAACCGCUCCGCAAAGGGCUCCGCAAAGGGCAAAGAGAAACAAGCUCUGCCCAAAACCCGGCCGUUCAAGGCAUGCGUUGUCGAAGGCUGCGGUAAGAAGGUCUCGAGCUCGAAGGCUAUGUUCCAGGUCUUCAUGCUGUAG